AUGUCGAGCUCAGCUCAAGAAUUUUGGAAUUAUUGUGAAUAUUGUCUCAUUCAGUUUUUUGGAGGAAAGAGUUGUUUUUUGUAACGGAGAGUGUGAAACUUAAAAGGAUAAAUUUAGUUUUUAUUAGCCAUCUUUCUAUCCAAGGGAUUAAACAUUUUUUGUAGAUCACUCAUGGCUACUUUGGAAGACAAAAUACUAGGCGAAAAAAAUCAUUACUAUUGCAGCAGUAGUGAAGAUGAAGCAGACGACGAUUGUGUGCCAGCAGAUGGUGGUGCGAGUGGAAGAAAUAAACCUGAUCUUCAAUUUAUUCCUGAAAGCAGUUUAAAAGAUCAGACUUACUUUUCUGCGUGCACCUCUAAUACGGGUCCUAAAGGAGUCAUCAAUGACUGGCAACGAUUUAAACAACUGGAAGCAGAAAAACGUGAACAUCAAGAUAAAGAAAAACUUGAAUUAAUUAAAAAGCUUAGUAUAACUGUACAAACUAAUUCUGAAAGUGAAAACGUUAAUUGUCAAAAACAGUUAGAUGAUCUGGUGGAUUUAGAAAACGACAAGUUUUUGUUAGAGUACCAAAGAAAAAGAAUGUCAGAAAUGCUAGCAAUGGCUGAGAAGCUGCCAAAAUUUGGUGUUUUGAUUGAUAUUCAAAGUGGAGAAGAUUUUCUAAAAGCAGUGGAUGACGAGCAAAAGUCAGUUACCGUCGUUAUUCACAUUUACGACAGCAACAACAAUGCCUGUAAAAAUAUGAACGACGCUUUAGUUGAUUUGGCUACAGAAUAUACCAAUGUCAAAUUUUGCAAAUUCAUGAGCUCGAUUGCUGGUUUAAGCAGAAUGUUCAAAGUGAGUGGUCUACCGGCGAUUUUAGUUUACAAAGCAGGUCAAAUUAUCGGAAACUUCGUUAGAUUGACCGAUGAUUUGUCGGAUGAUUUCAACAGCUCAGAUGUAGAAAGCUUUCUCAUUGAAGUUGGUAUGCUUCCAGAUAAAUAUUCUGUUCCAUUAGUACAAUAAAAGCUACACC